AACACUAAAAGACAAAACAGACUCUGCAAGACUCCAGCACAACGACGUAAACUACAAUGGAUUAUUCAACCAAUGACCGCAAAUCAACCAGCAAGAAAAAAGUGGUGGCUGUGGUGGGAGGUGGUUUGGUCGGCAACUUGAAUGCCUGCUACUUUGCAAAAAGAGGUUUUCAAGUAGAGGUCUUUGAAUCUCGAGAAGAUAUCCGCCAAGCCAAAAUAGUCAAAGGAAGAAGCAUCAAUCUCGUUCUGUCUCACAGGGGUCGCCAGGCUUUGAAGCACGUGGGAAUGGAAGACACGAUUGUCUCCAAAGGAAUUCCCAUGCAUUCCAGAAUGAUCCACGCUUUGAAUGGGACACAGUCUCCCAUUCCUUAUGGCAAGAAAGGCCAGAGAAUAUACGGCUCCCUCGGAACAGGCCCCGACCCCAAUGAUCUGCGUGAAGAGGAGGCGGAGAAAGAGAGGCCGGAGGGCGGGCUGCCUUCUGAGGAGUAG